AUGCCAGUGCGUGCUGUGACCACCAGGUUCAUGUACAAGGGACUUUGCACUAUUCCAGACAUCCUCACCUACCGGACUCCUGUCAUCCUGCCUGAGGAUGAGGUGGAAGAGAUUCGCGAGGCUUUCAAGGUAUUUGACCGAGAUGGGAACGGCUUUAUCUCGAAGCAGGAGCUGGGGACGGCCAUGCGCUCACUGGGCUACAUGCCCAAUGAGGUGGAGCUGGAGGUCAUCAUCCAAAGACUGGACAUGGAUGGUGACGGCCAGGUCGGCUUUGAAGAAUUUGUCACUUUACUCGGACCUAAGAUCUCCUCUGCUGGAAUGCCCGAUAAGUUCCACGGGGCUGACUUUGAUUCAGUGUUUUGGAAGUGCGACAUGCAGAAACUGACGGUGGACGAGCUGAAGAGACUUCUGUACGACACCUUUCGUGACCACCUCACUAUGAAAGACAUCGAGAACAUCAUCAUCACUGAGGAGAGCCACCUGAACAGCCCAGAGUCCCACGUGGACAUUGACACAAGCCCAACGCAACAGGAAAAACACACGUGUGUGCGCAAAAGCCUGAUUUGUGCCUUCGCCAUCGCUUUCAUCAUCAGCGUUAUGCUCAUCGCAGCCAAUCAGAUGCUCCGCAGAGGGAUGAAGUGA